CACGUAAGGCAGAAAUUAAAAGAAAGGUGAAAGAUACUAGUGAAUUUCAGAGCCUGGCUACGCUGGACUACCUGGUCAACGCGGAGCAAAUGGAGUGGCUUUGGGCUCGUACCGACAGGAAAUUCCAGGCUGUAUCCGUUGUCCUACGGGGCCACCUGGCCCAGAGGGGGUGAUGGGUUAUCCAGGAGAACAAGGUCCAAUGGGACCACCUGGAUUACCUGGUCAGUCCUCUUAUGUCGGAGAACCUGGACCCCCUGGACUUAUGGGUGAUCGUGGGAGCAUGGGUGAGCCUGACAUCCUGUUUACCUAG